AUGGGACACCCUGUAUUUAUUUUAAUUUAUAUUAUAUUCAUAAAGUAAGUAUUCUAUAUAUAACCAAUUAAUAAUUAUUUAUUUGUAUUAUAAUUAAUUAUCUAUAUUUAAAAUAAGUUUAUCAAAAUAUUUAAUAAAUAAAGCUAAUAUUUUAUUAAGUUGAUUGGAACUAACUAUUUACUAAAUUAAUACUGUUUUUAAUUUAUUUUUCCAAAAAUAAUUCAAGUUAUUACUAAUUUGAUAACAAUUGUGUAUCAAAUAUGGUAACUGAUUUCUCUUCAUAUCUCUCCUACCUUUACAAACUUUAAACUUAAGUCUUUUGCCUAACUAAUAUACUUGUAGUAUUGGGGUUCUUUCUCUAGCUAAGAUUGGCAAUAUGGGUAUAUGUAUUAGAUUUAAGCUCUGCUUUAAAGAAGUGCAUAAUCCUUAAAAUUUAUCUUUAGACAUUAGAAGAAAUUAAAUUUAUGA